UCAACUUCGCCAUUCAAUUCCUCUCAAAUUCUUUUGUCCAAAACCCAAUUUUUUUUUCAAUGUCCUUAAACGAUGACGAAGAAGAAGAAUCAUCCGGAAGCGACGCCGACGAUGGAUUUGACGAAGACAUGGAAGCUUUAAGAAGAGCCUGUCUUCUCACUGGAACAAACGUAGAUGACCUCGAAAACCCCUGCUCUCCCUCCCCAGCGGUCACCGCCACUACUAGCGGAGCCGCCGCCACUACUGGUUCCGAUUCGGAUGCUGAUGACGCCGAAGAUGACCUUGAAUUGGUCCGUAAUAUACAGAAAAGAUUCGCGAUUGUGACUGAUAAUGCAUUGGAGCCAUUGACACUCGAGCCUUUAUACUCGAUACAUCCCUCUGCGAACGAAGAUGAUGAUUUUGAAACUCUCCGCGCUAUACAGCGGCGGUUUUUUGCUUAUAGUGAAGGUGGGCUGGGAGAAAGCACGGAAGUUGUAUCUCACAAACCUGAGAAUUCUAAUUUGCAAGAAGAGUCUCCCAGUUAUCUGGACAAGAUCAACAAUGCCACCAAGGAUAUUGAAGCUUGUAGUAAGGUUAAUGCUGGAACCCAGCCUUCUGAUUUCAGUGAGUGGCACGAUUCUGAUUCUGUUAAUGCAGCUAUAUUGCCUGUUAAAGGUUCCUCUUUCCCAAAAGCAGCUGAAGCCUUUGUGGAUGCAAUCAAGAAGAAUAGGUCUUGUCAGAAACUAAUUAGGAGCAAAUUGUUGCACAUUGAAACCAGGAUUGAAGAGCUAAAAAAAUUGAAGGAAAGGGUGAAAAUCCUGAAAGAUUUUCAGGCUACUUGUAGAAAGAGAGUUGGCCAAGCCUUAUCACAGAAGAAGGAUGCCCGCGUCCAGCUAAUAUCUGUGCCAAAGCUAAGUGCUAAUGUGCAGCUUAGUCAGAAGAAGUCAUCUCCUAUGCAAUAUGGGCCUGCUGAGAAUUCUCAAGUUGCUAAUUAUAGAGAGGCUUUAGAAAAGUUUCCUGUAUCUGUGAUUCGAAAUAAGUGGUCAAAGGAAGAGAGAGAGAAGCUCUCGAAUGGUGUGAAACAGCAAUUUCAAAAGAUGUUGCUUCAAAGAUCAGUUGAUUUACUAAGUGAUGGAGAUGGAUCUUUUGAUGAUUCUGAUAAUUUGGACAGCAUUGUUGCAUCAAUCAGGGAUCUCGAUAUUACCCCUGACAAGAUGAGACAAUUUCUGCCAAAGGUCAACUGGGAUGAGUUAGCCUCCAUGUAUCUUCCUGGUAGAUCCGGUGCCGAAUGUCAAGCAAGGUGGUUGAACUGUGAGGACCCCUUAAUUAACCAAAAUUCUUGGACUUCAACCGAGGACAAGAAUCUGCUGCAUGUUGUUCAACAGAAGGGGCUUAGUAACUGGAUAGAUAUUGCUGUAUCAAUGGGGACAAAUAGGACCCCGUUUCAGUGCUUGGCUCGUUAUCAAAGAAGCCUUAAUGCUUCCAUAAUCAAAAGGGAGUGGACUGAGGAGGAGGAUAAUCAACUUCGAGCAGCCGUAGAGGCUUUUGGAGAAAGCAACUGGCAGGUCGUUGCUUCGGCUAUGGAAGGGCGGAUAGGUACCCAAUGCUCUAAUAGAUGGAUGAAAUCACUUCACCCAGCCAGGCAAAGGGUUGGUAAGUGGACUCCAGAGGAAGACAAGCGCUUAAAAGUUGCUGUGAUGCUCUUUGGGCCGAAAACUUGGAAAAAAAUAGCCCGAUUUGUCCCUGGAAGGACACAAGUUCAGUGUAGAGAAAGAUGGGUGAACUGCUUAGAUCCCUCUCUAAAUCGGAAUGACUGGACACAAGAAGAGGAUUCAAAAUUAAAGGCAGCCAUUGAAGAGCAUGGCUAUUGUUGGUCUAAGGUUGCAGCGUGUGUUCCGCCUCGUACUGAUAGUCAGUGCCGAAGGAGAUGGAAGGUGCUUCUUCCACAUGAAGUGCCUUGGCUUCAAGCUGCCAAAAAGAUGCAAAGGGCCGCUCUGAUUUCAAACUUUGUCGAUCGGGAAUCAGAACGGCCUGGCCUACUGCCUAGUGAUUUUGUCCCAUUGCCAGAAAUAACUUGUACAUCUGAAUCUGAACGUAUCAAUCUCUCUGGACAUCAGAACUGGGGGUUGAGCGAUCUAUGCUCCGAGGAAGUUUUGGCCAGUGGCACUGUGGUGGAGAGCUUCACUGGUGAUUCAAUCUCAAGAAGGAAGAGACAAAAGAGGAAGUCAAGGAGGACCAAUCCUAUUGCUUCAUCGGAAGAACAUUUGUCCUAUUGUCCAGAUACAAUGCAUUCUUCAGAAACAAUGCACAGUAACGAUCUGGAGACAUUGGGUGGAUUUAAUCAUUGCCAAAAUAGAAGCUCACAGAAGUCCAAGGGCAUGGCUUCUGGGUACAAGUGUACUUCCAAAAAGAGGGCUAGGAGAACACAUCCCAAGAGGGAUGGAUGUUCUGAUAGUGUAGAUCGGAUAUCAUCUUCUAAUAACGUGAAUUCGUUGAUUAUGACUGGUGGAGAGGAGACAAGGGAACUGGUUAGAGAUGAUGGAUCUGGUACUCAGUGUAAACAAGAUUUUGACCAACAUCCAAGCUACAGCAGAUGCAACAAGUCACUAGAAGAAAAUGGAGGUUGUAAUGACACAGAAGGUCAUCAAUUAUCAUUUGAUAAUCCAAAUUUGUUGUUGAUAGCGAAAGGAGAAGAGGCAGUUGAAGUUAAUAGAAGCGAUGGAGUAGCUACCUUCGGUCAAAAGGCUUCUAAAUUACAUCCAAGACGGUCUGGACACAAUGAACCACCGGAUGGAAUUCCUGGAAUAUCCUUUCCCAAUACUGCUGAAUUUGAUGUUGUACAUGAUACUGUUGUUAAUAAGCAGAGAAGUGAGACCAAGUCAACUCCAGAGAAGAGUGAAAGUACUAAUGCUGUAGACCAUCACUCAUCAUCGCUGUUGAAUUCAACAGUGGAGAAGGACUUGGGUACAUCUGGCGUCAUUGGUAGCAAGAGAGGCAAAAGAUCAAGAAAUAGAGAUGAGAUUUCAGUAGUAGAAGAAACAGAAAAUGAUGACAUGACCCUUGCUGAAUUUUGCAAUAAAAGAUUAGCAGCAGAAAAUACAGGGGAUGAUGACAUGACGCUUGCUAUGUUUUGCAACAUGAUUAAGAAAAGGAGAAGAGGUUAAAUUAGCCAAUGAGUGCAUUCUUGCAGGAAAAGGCCAUUCCAUGGGAGAUGAGAACUUUGAGAAUACGGGAACUGCAUGGGAAACAUGGAAGUGUAUCUUGCCUAUACAAAAUUUGGAUUAUGGCAG